AUGGGAUACUCACCGCCCCCUACUCGCAGACUAAGCGAUAAAAAGAGAUACUACUAUUCCAAUAAUCCAAACCGAAGACAGAGUGCUCCAUACAACAAAAAGCUAUUUCCCAAUAAGUCCUAUAGUAACGUAGUAUAUGCACAACAGUCACACCUUGGCGAGGACAAAUCAGGCCAGAUAAAACCGGAUCAAAAUUCAGGAUCUAGUGGGUCACACUAUAACCCUGCACGAAGUAUACCGAACGAUAUGCCGAGACAGUCACGAUACAGCGUUUCAAGCGGAUCGCGAACUGUUCCCAAUUGGCCUAGAAGCAAUUCAACUCGAUUUCAUCAAGAUGCGGAUUCCACCGAAAUUCCAAGUUCGAACGCCCAGGGAUAUCCGACAAACAGACCUGGUAUAAGACAGGUACUAGACAAUCCAGUGAAUGUGAGGAUUGACCGUUCCACGUCUAGGUACUCCCAAGCUACGGCGAAGGCGCUCCCAACAGUCCCAAAUAUACCAACUACACCAGCUAAUGCAAGUCGAUACAAUCAAAAUAAAUACUCUUCACCCAACACACAUCACACUAGUCAACAGUUUAAUGCCAAUUCACAAUACUAUGCUGAUAGACACCGUCCCAGGUCAAUGGAUGGGUCCUAUCCUGCAGCAAAAUCGAAUGGCGGAUCUAGCACCGAGUUGAAGUCCAUGGGUAAAAGCAUGAUCAACGCAACAGGUUACUUCAAUAGAUCUAAUAACUGGAGACAUGGUAGUUACAGUGGCCAACAGCCAUCUCGGUUUACUGAAAAUGACAUUUCUACACCGACUAUUCAGAGUAACUACAGAUCCACCCCUCCACUAAAAGCGAACAUAACCGGAACGUCAUCCAAACCGAGGUCUGAUAUACCUACAGACCCAAAUCUCUCGGGUAGAUAUAGUACAAAAAUUGAAACUACCAAAUCAAAUCUUCUAAAACAUGAUGUUCAGCAGCCGACCAUCCCAAAGGAGAUUCCAAAGAGUCCGAAGGAUGAAUUGAAACUCCCUUCAAGCGUACAGAACUAUACUGAAGUGGAGGCUGACACGGGCCAUUACAGAGAAGAAUUAUUGCAGGAACCACAAGGUAUAUCGAACCGCGGCCAUAGCAAGGUAUCAAGCCUAAUUAAUUCUGUACGACAAACUACUAGACAGACUGAACAGCAGGUUUUAAUAGACCAUAAAAGAAUCGAUGUAUCAAAACCUGAAAUCCAAAAUAAUGUGAGACAUAAUAAUAACGACAGUCCCGUGAAUGGCAAGUCUUCUCCUGAUAUAAUAAAAAAAAAUGAAAACAAGAAAAUAAUCAUUCCGCGGAAGCCUUCUUUAAGUACUAUGUGGUCUUCCAAUACCAACAUUAGAGAAAUUGUCUCUGAUGAAAUGAACAAAGGAAUUUUUGAAAGUAGCGUUUCGGAUACCAUUAUUGUUGAUCCUAGGAAUAGAAGUACCGAAGUUGCUACUCCCAUCUCUGAAGACAAUUAUGAAUACAUUUCGGAUCCAAAUAAACUCAGGACAAAUAUUGCCGCACUACCUAGGGAUAUGGAUGAAAAUCUGCCCAUACCCGAACCACUUGAACCCUUAUCAAAAUGUAUUUUUCCGAUGAGAGAGGUUGAAUUCAAGUUGUGGAAACUGAAAAAUAACACCAGGCCCGAUCUAAUCAAGGGGCAGAAAUACUUGCUGAAAAGACCGGUAAAGUCUGUGAAAGAAUACAGUUUUUUCUCUGAUAAUAUUCUAAUCUACAAGCAAGCCGUGAGAAUUACUCUAUUAAAGUCGUUAUCAGAAAUAAAAUUACAUGUUGCUGAACAAUAUUUGCAGUUAAAAAAACGGGCAUUCGAACUCAAUGAUAAAUGGGAAAAAGAAUGCGAUAAGUUGCAAAAAACUACUGACGAGUUGCGGAAGAAAGAAACGGAAUACAGAAAUAAGAUAGAUGAGCGAAAUAAAAAUGAAGAGAAAAAGCAAGUGAAAGUUGACGAGAAGGAUUCCGGUGCUGGACCAGGUUUAUCAAGAAGAAGAAAUAGGGCUGAUUUUGUAGAUGACACUGAAAUUGAAAAUGUGCUGCUCCAGAUCGACCCAACGUACAAGCAUCACAAGGCUGCAGCGACUAUCCCGCCUCUUAUUCGGAAUCCAAUCAAAAGAUUUUCUCUCAGGUUCCAAAAUGUAAAUAACCUAGUGACAGAUAAAGAGAAAUGGACAAGCAGGAUCCUGCAAGAUAAUAAGGACACGUUCACGAGUCACGAACAUGAGCUAUUCUUAGAAGGUUACCUGAUGUAUCCCAAGAGGUUUGGUAGGAUUUCCAACUACAUGGGUGGAUUGCGAACACCAGAGGAAUGCACCGUACACUAUUAUCGGACCAAACCGAUUGUUGAUUACAAGGGUUUAUUACUUGAGAAAAGCAAGAGGAGGAAGAUCUUGACUUCCAAACGGCGUAAAAGAAAAGAAAAGGGGUCUGAUGCCGAGCAGACAUCUGAUUCGAUGGCUAACACUGCUGAAAAUACAGUACCGUUGAUGGAACAGCCGAUUUCUGCAGAGGAUAUUUCUAAAGUCGAUGAAUCUGUACCGGAAAAGAAAUCGCCAGUAAUGGAAGAGGUUGUUGUAGCAUAUGAGGACGCCAAAAAGUUAGAGGUCCCUACGCAAGGUACUCAGAAGGCUCCAGAGACUGAAGCCGCACCUUAUACUGGUAUUGUUUCGAACGAUUUAAACCUGGGCUUAUUGAAAGCUGCUGAGAUCGACGAUCAUGGAGAAAAGACUGAGGACGAAUCGGAAAACAUUUUGAAACGUGACCACGACUCUAUGGCAAAUAUCGGGAAUGAAGACGAUGAUCAAGCCAAGGCUAGCAGUGAGCAGACUGAGGAUGAACUUCAUCCGAAGUUGAAUAGCUCGAUUCCGUUUUCAGAUAGGCCGGACGAUCGGCGGAAAAAGCGGCACAAGGAACUUUCAGAACACAAGACAAGCUACUGGAGUGUAAAGGAGGCGCAGGCUUUCCCCGACCUUUUGAAGAUGUACGGGUCGCAAUGGUCGCUGAUAUCUGAACAUCUUGCCAGUAAGUCGACUACAAUGGUACGGAAUUAUUUUCAAAGAAAUGCUUCCCAUUUUGGCUGGAAGGAAAUUGUUGCGGAUGUCGACUACAAGAGAAACGUAGGAAACAACCGACUUACCAACGAACCGGGUGAAACAGAAUCACAGCCGGACAAACACAAUAUUCCUGUCAUUACAAAUGGUAUUCCCUCUCAACAAGAACCAGCGCUGGGAUUCUUUUCAAGGGCCCAAAAUCAAAAUUCUGUAGAGAGAAACCACAACACCGUGGCGAGCCAGACAUUUGCAAGAUUCACAGAAGACUCUCUUUCCCACUCUUCGUCAUCACCUUUACCUCCGCCAAGGCUUCCAUCUAUACAACUCCACAAUGGAACGGCCAGUGGUGUUGGUAAUUAUAUGAGAAGCGAAACCAGUGCAUCAUUUUUAACUGGUGACUUGUUCAGUGACCGAAUUCAUAAAACGGUGCAUGCAAACAGUGAUGUAAGGACAAAUUUCGACGAUAAGCGCCAGAAUUCUCCUGUAGCUUCACACCUGUCUCCGCACAUCUCGACAUUGGUUGCCGCAGCAAACAGUGAUGAUACUGCAAGGGCAUACGCAGGUGGACAUGCGAAUAUUGAAAUGUCGAGCAUUUUGAAUAGCGACGACAGGGGGGUCGAUCAUCACCAGAACCUUCGCCCAUCCUUCCCCGGCACUGUUCACCACCACCCAGACAACUUGUCGAAUGCAACUGCACCUCGAACUGCAGGUGCUGUCGCUACCGCACAUGUAGUCCAAAAUGUUGGGCAACAGGCAAGGUCGAGCUCGAUCUCAGCGCUGUUAAACCCGGUCUCAAAUGUACGGACACAAGCUCUGCCUACGAUGAGCAGUGCACAACGAUUGCCGACUGAUACAAACACGCUCUCGAGCUCAAACAGGACGCCGGUUGUUGAAGGCGCGGACGUGUUGAUUGGAGCCACGACUUUACAGAAAAUGGCCCCUCACGUGGAGCGCGGGACGCUCCCUGCCAUACUGCCGGCUCUUGUGCCGCCACAAAGGAAGGUACCGGAUUUCGCAAACGACCCAUUGGCCGCGCUGGCUGCCAUUGCCUCUGCUCCAGAGACGCUAGCUUCGAUGCUGCCGGAGUCCAAGAAAGAAUGA